GUUUGCCUGCCUGGGAAAUCUUGGUGGCAGACAUCUCCAUCUAGCCGUGUACUAUAAUUGAAAUGGCGCGUUUUGCCAGAGGCAGGUUGUGAGGGCGCUCUUUGCUAUAGCAGAAUGCAUGUCAAUAGACGUCAUUUGGUUUUAAUGGCCUACAGGAAAUUUGGUGUUACAAUACGAGACAUUAGUAAGAGGGGAAAGGAAAAGCGAAAAAAAUAGCCGCAUGAUAACUGUUUAUUGAGAUCUGCAUAUUUAACAUCAGCAUUUCUUCAAUUACUUUAUCAACAAGUUACCCUGUCCUUCCAUAAGUGCUUCUAUAAGUACAAGACAUGCGAGAAACGUGCCCGCGUUACUUAUUUGGGAACCGAAAAUUUAUGCCUAGUUGAAAAUGCCUGGGGAAAUAUUACAUCAGACGAAAUGACAAUGAUUAAAAUCUGCUUUUUUCCAUCAGUAAGUCUAUUGAGCGACGUGACAGUUGCCUGAUACCCAACAAUAUCAAACCGUUAUCCCCACAGCAAAUGAGAACUUGAAAACCGUUAUAAGGAUUUUUUCCAUGAGAAAAAGGGGGUUCAAAAAUUACCCCACUUGCUUUAAGCAUCAGCAGCUCUGCGUGGGGGGAAAGGAGAAUAUAUCAAAUUUUCAUCGCGAAAUUAGCUAGGGCGCGAGUAGGGUUGAGCUAAUUGUAGCCUAAUCCUUGCCCUACAGGCGUUUGGAAAGCCUUGAGCAAGAAUUCUUUUUUUCGCUUCCCUCUGUUAUUUAGAGACGGAUUAUUGGCUUUCUUCUUCUUCUCAUAACAGCCUCGGCAGUUUCAUUUUAGAAAAAAAGGGAAAAAACAGAAGAGCGAUUUUCCUUACAGCGAUCGCCGAGCAUCUGAUAUUAAAAGUGUGUAGAAAUAAGAGUGCGGGGGAUUUAUCAAAAGGCAAGAAGAGAAUUCUUCUAUGUUCAAGGAAGGAAGAAGCAUGUCGCGCUUGUCUUUGACCCGCUCCCCAGUUUCUCCACUGGCCGCGCAGGGAAUUCCUCUCCCGGCUCAGCUGACCAAAGCCAACGCGCCAGUCCACAUCGAUGUCGGAGGGCAUAUGUACACUAGCAGCUUGGCGACCCUCACCAAGUACCCGGACUCAAGAAUAAGCCGUUUGUUUAAUGGAACAGAGCCUAUCGUUCUGGACAGCUUAAAACAACACUACUUUAUUGAUCGAGAUGGAGAAAUUUUUCGAUACAUUCUGAGCUUCUUACGUACUUCUAAACUGCUUCUCCCAGAAGAUUUCAAGGAUUUCAGUCUGCUGUAUGAGGAAGCACGCUACUAUCAACUGACUCCCAUGAUCAAGGAACUGGAAAGGUGGAAACAGGAGAGGGAACAGCGCAAGCAUUCACAACCAUGUGAUUGUCUGGUGGUGCGAGUAACUCCUGACCUUGGCGAGCGAAUUGCCCUCAGUGGGGAAAAGGUGCUAAUUGAGGAAAUCUUCCCUGAGACAGGAGACGUCAUGUGCAAUUCAGUUAAUGCAGGCUGGAACCAGGAUCCUACUCAUGUGAUCAGAUUCCCUUUGAAUGGAUACUGCAGAUUAAACUCUGUGCAGGUGCUGGAGAGGCUAUUUCAGAAGGGUUUCAAUGUGGUGGCAUCUUGUGGAGGGGGAGUGGAUUCAUCCCAGUUUAGCGAGUAUGUUCUUUGUCGUGAAGACAGACGAUGUCAGCCAACGACAACCACCAUUAGGAUAAAGCAGGAGCCCCUGGACUAAAUCCACCAGAGAAAAAGACUUCAAACAGCAAAUUUGGGCAACAAAGUUGAUGAACCUGAACUUGUUUUUGUUGCCAGCUACUGAAGCUGCUCUUAUAAAUGGGUGUCUUGAACUCCGAACAAUUAUUUUGAACUGAGGGCACUCAGUUUUACAUUACAAGAAUGUAAUCUCAUGACCUGCAGUGUUAGAAGGAGCCAGAUGGCACAACAUUCUGGAUGAGUGUUAUUUAAGUGUAAUGGUGGUCAACAAAGGAGUCGCCAUUUCAAACCCACAAUAUGCUGGCCCUCUUCUGCUGUGCAGUCCCUCUGUAGGCAACACAACAAAGAACAUUUGGGCUGGCUUCCAAAAGAGUGGAUCUCACUUUGGCUGACACUUUGUAUUUGUCCAUUUGCAGAUCCUUGGAUGACAGCUGUAGUACAGCCCAACAAAAUCAUCAAUGGCAGGAGGAUGCUAUCUUUUCUCCAAAAGACAAAGUACUGUUCUUUUGCUCAGAGACACAUACUGCACUGUUUGGCUGUGCUAUGGGGCCCAAGAAUAUGUACCUAAUAAUAACAUUUAAAAACAACUUGAAAUGGCAACCAGUACAGAGGAAAGACCCCAAUCUCUUAUUAUACUUGGAAUAGCUCUGUCUUAUCCCACCAACGUAUGACUGAAGCAAUUUAUAUUUAAACAUAUUCUACAUAAUCCUAGCAUUAAUUCACUUUGCAGAUAUUAUAUACAUAUAUAUAUAUAUAGUGAGAGCUAGAAACAAUAUGAAUUAUACAUUGUAAUUUGUCCUUCCCAUUCACCCUUAUUUGUUUAGCUCUUUUUAAGUUUCCAAUACAUGAAGGAUUUUCCGAGGUUGCUCUUAGAUAUAAAGCCAGCACAACAUGUGUGUGUGUGAAUAUAUAUAUAUAUAUAUAUAUAUAUAUA